UAAAACUUUUACCAAGUUGUGUUACUGUUCUUCCUCUGCCACCUUUCAGAGUACUGCUGCAACAGUAUUAGCUAAGUCUCUCCAUCAUCAAUCUUCUUCCCCUUUUAUAAAACACCUCUCACUUUUCUUCAUCUCUCUUCACUUUAUUCACAUCCUUUUUUCUAGUAAUAAUUGUUUAUUAUACUAUACUGGCUCUACCAACUAUGGAAGCUUUCAGUUUGCUCAAGUACUGGCGUGGUGGUGGCGCUGCCGGAGUUUUCUCUGACGAUGCCGCCGGUGCUAAAACUCGUUCAGCUGUUCUCACCGACGUUAGUGCUAACUCGUCGGAAUCUGACUCCGACGAUGACGGAGACGGAGAUGAUGGACCGUUUUUUGACUUGGAGUUCACUGCUCUUCCAGAAGUUGAGGAAGAAGAAGUGAAAGUUGAAGGAAAUGAUAGGUGUAAAAUUAGUUCAAAGAAGGAGGAGGAGACUGAGGAAGGAGAUGGAAGUGAGUCGGAGAAUGAAGGAGAGCUGAAAUUCACGCUUUCCCCGUCUAGUUCGAGUGUUGAUGGUACGGAUCCGAAUUUAUCACUUUCGCCGUCGGAUGAUCUUUUCUUCAAAGGAAGUUUGGUUCCAAUCGAGCCUUCAUCGCUGUUGUUAACCGCCUCGGAAGCAAACUCUAAAUUUUCUUCGUCAUUGUUGAAGUCUGCAACUAAGUUUAGAGUGUUAAUGCUGAAGCUGAAGAAGCCAAAAUCAAAUGCAGCAACAAAAACUGGAAAAUUAUCUGAAGGUGAUGGCGAUGAUGGCUCUGUUUCAGCUACUCCGAAACCACUACGGAUUAAAGUAUCAGAGGAUGAAAAAGAGGAGCGUCAGAAUCGAAGGCAGAGCAAGUUUUUAGCAGUGAAGUUUAAGGUUGAAGAAGUUCCUAUUAAGUCAUUGUUUACUAGAGAUAACAGCUCUAAAGCCAACAACAGCAGCAGCAAAAUACAGAAGCGGAAUCCGGCGGAAGCAUUUUCAACAAAUUCAGAAAAUUCUUCUUCCGAUGAGAAGAAAUUUUCUAAAGAGGUGAUGCAGAAAUACUUGAAAAAAGUAAAACCUCUGUACAUUCGCGUCUCGAAACGUUACGGCGAGAAGCUCAGAUUCUCCGGACAGUUGAGCUUAACAGGUAAUGCUGCACUUAAGCCCGGUCCUUCACCACCUCCGUCCGCAGCAGCGAAGGCAGAAGCAGCAACUGACGCUCCACAGACGGCAGAGAGGAACCAGAAGCAGGGGAAUAUCCCGUCAGGACUGCGAAUAGUUCGUAAACAUUUGGGGAAAAGCAGAUCAGCGUCGUCGGCGGUUGUUGCCGCGUCGCCGGUAACAUCUAACCGUCGAGACGACUCGUUAAUGCAGCAACAAGACGCAAUUCAAGGCGCCAUUUUACACUGCAAGAAGUCUUUCAAUUCAUCUAGAGAUUCAGAGUCAUCCAUUUUAUCACGUUCAGCAAGCGACGCUUCACAUGAAAAAUCAACGCACUUAAUAACAGAUUCAUCUGCAUUAGAAGAAGCCAUAGCGGUGAGAAAUUAGUAAUUUAAUUAAAAUUAAGAUUUUCUGCUUAAAAUCGUUAAUUAUUAUUAGUAAUAGUUAAGUUUUGGUUUUCCCUCGAUUAUAGAGAUUUCAACGGUCAUGACAAAGUAAUGAGUGGUCAAUUAUCUGUUUUCUCUCGUGCUUUGCUCUUUGUAAAUUAUUAAUUAGCACUUUAAUAUUAUAGAAUUAUACUAUUAGUUGUACUUAUAGUUAAUUAUAUAAAGUUUUAUCCUAA